AUGGAAUUUUCGAAAUUUUUAGUGUCAAAAUGGGAACGUCCAUCAUUAAAUCUGUCGGGAAUGAAUGCCGAUAUUAUUAUGCAAACAAUUGAUAUUGAUUAUUAUAUGAAUGGUGAAGAUGAUGCGAUUAUUCGAUUGUAUGGUGUAACUUAUCAAGAAAAUUCAAUAUGCGUCCAGAUUAGUGGAUUUUUGCCAUAUUUUUAUGUACAAGUCGAUGAUACAUUUAUGGUAGAACACAUCGAUCGCCUUCAAUGUGUUUUAAAUGAAUUAGUUAAAAGUCAAUCUUCUGGCUCUGGGUUAUCAAAAAAUGUCCAAAAAUUUGUUUUAAAUAUUGAAAUAGUUUAUGGCGCGAACAUAUAUGGCUUUAAAAAGAAAUUGGAUGAUAAGUUUCUUAAAGUUAGUCUUCGAUCACCGAAAUUAAUCAGUACUUGUCGACGAAUUUUUGCAAAUGGAAUUGAUUUAUUUGGCAAAGGGAAGAUUGAAUCCUUGGUAUCUUUCGAGGCAAAUAUCGAUUUUGAAAUUCGGUUUAUGGUGGAUGUUUCUUUAGUUGGCUGUGGAUGGAUCACUUUGCCUGCUAAAGCAUAUAAAAUUUUAUCAAAGGAUGAAAUGAUUAGCAGAUGCCAGUUAGAGUGCUCAAUAGAUUAUUUUGACAUCAUAAUUCAUUCACCCGAUUCAUCUCCCGAGUGGUCUUUUAUAGCUCCAUUAAGGAUUCUAUCAUUUGAUAUUGAAUGUACAAAUCGGAAAGGUAUUUUCCCUGAGGCGCAUACAGAUGCUGUGAUUCAAAUUGCCAAUAUGGUCAAACGAGAAGGUGAAGAUGAACCCUUUAUCCGCAAUUGUUUUGUUCUUGGCGAUACUGCUGCUGUUGUGGGAAGUGACAUAAUAAUAUGUAAAACUGAGGAAGAAAUGCUUGAAAAAUGGGCAUCAUUUUUGCGCACAGUGGAUCCCGAUCUGAUUACUGGAUAUAAUAUACAAAAUUUUGAUUUCCCCUAUAUUAUAGAUCGAGCCAAGGCUCUAAAGAUCGAAAAUCGUGUUUCUUUGUUGGGUCGUGCUGUUAAUUCUCUAUCAAAAGUUAGGGACAUGCAAAUGUCUAGCAAACAAAUGGGUAACCGAACAAAUAAAAUGAUAAACAUCGAGGGGCGUGUGGUUUUCGAUGUUUUACAAAUUGUGUUACGAGACUAUAAAUUACGAAGCUAUACUUUGAACAGCGUCAGUUACCAUUUUUUAUGUGAACAAAAAGAAGAUGUAAAUUAUUCGAUUAUUGCCGAUCUUCAGAAUGGAAAUGCGAUUACCCGACGUCGUUUAGCCAUUUACUGUAUGAAAGACGCUUAUUUGCCUCUUCGUCUUUUGCAGAAAUUAAUGUCUGUAGUUAAUUAUAUAGAAAUGGCUAGAGUAACAGGAGUGCCAUUAGGUUAUCUACUUUCCCGUGGGCAACAAAUCAAAGUUUUAUCUCAGAUAUUAAGGAAAGCAAAAUCGCUGAACUUUUUUCUACCAGUUAUUGAGACAGCACCGCUUGAUGAUACGUUUGAAGGAGCCAUCGUAAUUGAACCAAAAAGAGGAUUCUAUAAUGAACCAAUAGUUACUCUUGAUUUCGCAUCGCUUUAUCCUUCCAUUAUGAUUGCACGCAAUCUGUGCUAUACAACAUUGAUACAGUCUAAUUCAGCUAUUCAUGGUUUGAGUGAUAAUGAUUUUGUAAUAACUCCAUCAAAUAAUCGUUUCAUAAGAGCAACCGUACGUCGAGGAUUGUUGCCCGAAGUGCUGGAGGAUUUAUUAUCCGCUAGAAAACGUGCAAAAAAUGAUUUGAAAAAUGAAAAGGAUCCUUUCCGUCAAAUGGUUCUAAAUGGAAGGCAAUUGGCCCUAAAAAUUUCUGCUAAUUCUGUAUACGGUUUCACAGGUGCAACAAUUGGAAAAUUACCAUGCCUGGAAAUCUCACAAUCGGUAACUUCUUACGGGCGACAAAUGAUAGAACUAACAAAAAAUGCUGUUGAAGAAAUAUAUAAAUCAGGAUACUUGGAUGGUAAAUGUCCGUGUGAUGCUCAAGUCAUUUAUGGUGAUACCGAUUCAGUGAUGGUGAAAUUUGGUGUAAAAAAUGUUGCUUCUGCGAUGGAACUUGGUCGGCAUGCUGCAGUGGAAGUAAGCAAGAAAUUCACUUCUCCAAUCCGGCUGGAAUUUGAAAAGGUUUAUUUUCCUUUUUUAUUAAUCAAUAAAAAACGAUAUGCGGGUUUAUAUUUUACUUGCCCAGAAAAGGCCGAUAAAGUCGAUUGUAAAGGCUUGGAAACUGUUCGUCGCGAUAAUUGUCCUUUAGUGUCCAAGGUCCAGAAUGCUUGUCUUGAAAAAAUGCUAUUUAAUGGAGACGCGACUGGUGCUUUGGAUCAUGCCAAAAAGAUAAUUUCCGAUUUAUUAUGUAAUCGCGUGGACAUAUCAGAAUUAAUCAUUUCGAAAGAAUUAACUCGAGCAAGCACGACCUAUGCUGCUAAACAAGCACAUGUUAUAUUAGCUGAACGCAUGCGUGAAAGAGAUCCCGGUUCAGCUCCUCGCCUCGGAGAUCGUGUACCAUAUGUUAUAGUUGCCAAAGGUCAAAAAGUUCCUGCUUAUGAAAAGGCUGAAGAUCCAAUUUAUGUGCUAGAAAAUAAUAUUCCUAUCGACACGGUAUAUUACUUGGAAAAUCAGCUGGCAAAACCUCUAGCUCGUAUUUUCGAACCAAUUUUAGGGGAUAAAGCUGAAUCAAUUUUAACGAGUGGUACCCACACUUUGGUUCGAACGGUAAUGCAUUCAAAAGUCUCAGGAUUAUCCAAUUUUUUUCAAAAAACUGAGAGAUGUCUUUCUUGUAAAAGUAGUCUUCCAAAUGGGUACGAAGGUGCAACGUGUUCUCAUUGCAAACCGCACGAGGGAAAAGCCUAUUUGAAACACUUAGCACUCAUGAAUAUUACGGAAAAUCGCUUUUCGCGUUUAUGGACAGAAUGUCAAAGCUGUGCUGGUACAGAGUACAUAGAUAGGAAUGGCAGGAAUGACCCAAGACGUGAUUGUCCCAUUUUUUAUAUGCGUGAAAAAGUGCGAGUUGACAUUGCGCGACAAAUGAAAGAUUUCCAACGUCUUACUCUUUCCACAUGGUGA